AGAUAUUGAUGAAUGUACUUUGGGAAGCGAAAAUUGUCAUGAUAAUGCAACUUGUACCAAUACCGUUGGUUCCUACACGUGUCAAUGUAAGGACGGUUUCACCGGAAAUGGCGUAGAUUGUGAAGGUAGAAGAACUGAUUUUCUUUUUUUUAAUAUCCAUUCUGCAUGGUAAACUUAUUUAAGUGAAACAGUGCAGCACAUGCUUGUCUGGUUUAAACCCUGGUUUCUUCCAUUUUGUCGCACUUAUUGGCUAUUAAGUCAUCUUUGACGAAGUGUAGCUUUAUUAAGGCCCUGUUACACGGUGCAAUUUUUCAUGCAACUUGUCUCGCAACGUUAAAAAAAAUUUGAUAAUGCAUUGCAAGAGGUGUUGCACGCUGCAAUGAUUUUCAUGCAACUCGCAACGAUAGGGGACAGAGGCAUGCGAAGAGACCAGGGAGCAAGGUGUUAGCCAGGAUUUCAAAAGUUGCCGUCCAAAAUAAUUUUGUGGGCGUGGCCACAAUUUUUUGUGGGUGCGGUCAUAUGUUUUUGGGUGUGGUCACAAUUUUUUGUGGGUGUGGUCACAUGUGUGUGGCCGCAAUUUUUUGUGGGUGUGGUCAUAUGUUUUUGGGCGUGGCCACAAUUUUUGUGAGUGUGGUCAUAUGUUUUUGGGUGUGGCCGCAAUUUUAUGUUGUUGUGGAAUUGUGGUGUCUAAUCGUUGAACCUUCUUACUUUUAGUUUUAGGUGCACAUUUAAGCCCAUAAGCCCAUUUAAGCCCAUUUAAGCACAUAAGCCCCCUAGAUGAGUGUGUACGCUCUUGGGGCAAACUCAAUUUUCCAAAAAUAUGUUUAAAUAAAUACAUUUCCAUCAUUAAAUUAGUAAAAGCACACGUAUGGUAUGAACCGUAGUGUAGCGUUUAGUUAUUUUUCAUGAAUCGUGGAUAUUUUCCCCUUUUUUAUGCGUUUGGCUCAUUUUGUAGCCAUCUUUACCCGGUAACUGUAACGCUAAAGCACGUGGCGCACGAGUAAUAAAGCGAUUGCUGUUUUUUUUAAACAACGGUUUCGAAUUAUUCUCCUUGAUACUUCAUGCGAGAAUCAUAAACAUUCUGUGAUCAACAUGAUUACAAAAACAUGGCGCGUUUGUCGAUAUUUCAAUUCAACUAUAUUCAACGUGUUUUCAACGGGAAAAAGUAUGAGAACAUAUACUAUAAGUAAAGUAAACAGCAGAUGACAACAGUUCGAAGUAUUCAUGAAAUAUUACAAAGCUUGUAAAUUGCUAUUUAAAGAAAAUAUUCCCGUAGGCCGUCCACAGCCGUCCAUUAAAAUUUAGCCGUCCGAGUUCAGAAGUGCAGUCCGUAGGACGGUCGGGCGGCCGCCUGACUAACACCCUGCUAGGGAGAGGCGCUAUUUAGCGCCAAAUUUUAAUUAAAGUAAAGCGUGUACUGGGGAGAGCCAAUAGGAACUCUCCAAGCUAUAAACAUUGCGAGACAAGCUGCACGAAACCAUGUUACACGCUGCAAUGCUAAAAAUAAUUAGUGAAAUCGUUUCCAAAAGUAGAACCGACUUCUACUCUGUGCAAUGCUUCAUGCAAUUUAUCUCGCAACGAUUUUAACCAUUGCAAGGCAUGUUAAACUGUGCAAUGACUCGUGCAACUUGUCUCUUGAUAUGUGCUGUUUGAAAACCAGUUUUUACUGACUGUAAAUACAUAGACACCUGGGGCCGGUUGUAUAAAACUCUUAAUCACUUUUUUGUAGUUAAAUAGUGAUUAACUCUCAAAUAGGCGCUUUUUAUUGGAUGACGUUUCCACUUAAUUAUAAUUAACUUUAAUCACUUUUUUAUACAACGGCCCCAGUAUUCUAUUACAUCGGUCAGCUUGACAUGUUACUAACCAUGAUUACGGUAAACAAACAAAAUCGAUGUUCCAUGCUCAAUUUCUCAUCAAUGCUUUUACAAUAAGGUCAGUAAGUUUUUUAUUACAUGGCAAAUUAGUUGCGAAAAUGGAUUGCAGCUGGUCACGUUCCAUUGACAGAAUAUGCGACAGCUUGUACUCCAGGCGGCGUGGCGAAGAACAAGCAAACAAGUCAAAUUAAAUGUUAUUUUUAUCUUCAUAAUUAUUUUUUAUCACAGAUAUUUAUAGAGCUAGGAAAAAAGCAUUUCAAUGUAUAAAAACACUGUUAUCAACAUGUGCCCUCUAUAUCUAGAUAUACUGAAUGAUAGAUAACUAUCAUAAAUACAAUUUUACAGAUAAAAUUAAUGUUAAAAUAUGUAAAUAUGAUGCCAAGAACUAAUGAGAACAAAAUAAAAUUACAUUGAGAAAUGUUUUUUUUUAAAUUUUUAUAAAAUUGUCAUAAUAGUUGUGCUCUCAUCUAAUAUUUGUAAAUGGUAAAUUUUAUUAAGAUUGGUAAAUUUUAUUAAGAUUUGCACCGCUAUGUUAAAAUUACUAUUUCGCGAACUCUAAUCUUACUUUUUAAAUUUUCAACGCACUAUUCUUGUUACUUGCGUUUCAGAUAUUAUUGAUUGCAACCACAGCCCAAACUCGUACCCAUGCCACAGAAUCUCUCUCUGUUCGGAUACCAUAGGAUCUUACAUCUGUUGGUGUCCAGCUGGUUAUAAUGGUGAUGGAUACAAUAACUGUAGUGGUACGUUCUUAAUUUAUUCAUGAGUAUACCGCAAGAAAUCCUUGAUUGUGUCCUCUAUCUUUUUAUUAGGGUCCACCCUCCAUUUUCGAUUAAACUCACAACGCAUUUUUAGAGGAAGAAAUUUAACACUCUGCACCUCUCUCCUUUAAUUCUCCUCCCCUUUUCAACAAUGAAAAGAUGCAUGUGGAUUGAUUACAUUUAUUAAUUCUGCAAGUUCACAGCCGACCUUUUUGAUCAUGGUGCCACGUUUUGUUUCGUCAUUCACAUCUCACGACAACGUUCUUUUUGCAUCCAUGACAUUGGGCAUAUCGCAUUGCUUUAUUAAAAUAAGAAGGUGUUUAUUUCGAGUUGAAAUAGUCAUUGAAUUGUGCUAUAUGUGUUACAGUUUUGCGAUUGCUAUACCUAUACGUAGUUAUUUCUUCUUUUAUUGAUUCAUGUAGACACAGAUGAAUGCCUGUUGGGAACUCAUAAUUGCGCAAGUGUAGCAUCGUGUCAGAAUAUUCGUGGAUCAUAUAUCUGUCAAUGUCCAAACGGCUACUUCGGUGAUGGUACACAAUGUGUUGGUAUGCUGAACUCAACUGAUUAUUAAUGGCUAUAUUUUAGUUACUUCAGAUCGCGGUCAUUUCCGCUGAAUUAAUAAGAUUAAGAUUUCUAUUGCACAAACUUACAUGUGCAUAUGAUUUAACGCGCUUUACAUCAGAUAUUACGCUUACCAAAAUAGCCGUUGUUUAUUUUCACGGCAAAAAGGCCGAACCUGCUCAUGUUGUUCACACUUGUCAAUAAUAUUGAACGAUAUUGUUGAGCCUGAAUCGGGUGUAACAAUAUUGUUUAGUAUUGUUGACAACUGUGAACAAUGUGGGCAGCAAAGCAUUGUAGUCAAUCCUGUUUUCAUCAAUAUUGCAACAACCUGAUCGUUUUUUUUUGCCGUGUAUAUGGAAGCUGGGUUGGCCGACUUAGGGAAAUAGCCCGGUUAGCAGAAUGAAUUUCUCUGAUGUUUAUGUGAAAAGGUGUCACCCUGUUUGUCCCGACAAUGUUAUUGUUUUUGGCACUUGUUAAAAAUAGCUCGCGGCAGCAUGCAUGUUUGGACUUUCAUCCCAGUAGAUGAACCAGUCAGCUUGCAAUUGUUUAUAUGGAAAUUGUCAUUCUGGUAAGCGAGAGCUCGCCUCUUUCAAACGUGAUCUCCGCAACCGAGCCAGCUUGUAUUGCAAGUAUGUUGUUUUGUUUGAUAUGAGAAAACAAAAGAAAAGUAUAAACAAUUGAAUCAUGUUUUUAUAGAUAUUAAUGAAUGCGUGCCUGGAACUGACAUAUGUCAC